AUGCCUAAAGUAUCAGUUAAAGUCAAAUGGGGAAAGGAGCUGUUCAAGGAUGUUGAAGUAAAUACAGAUGAUGAUCCUGUGGUAUUCAAGGCACAAAUAUUUGCCCUGACAGGUGUUCAGCCUGAAAGACAAAAGGUAGUUUGCAAAGGUGUUACCUUGAGAGAUGAUUCAUGGGCCAAUUUCAAAUUAAGUAAUAAUGCAUUGGUGCUAGUAAUGGGUAGCAAAGAAGAAGAUUUGCCUACAGCUCCAGUGGAAAAAACUAAGUUUGUGGAGGAUAUGAAUGAGUCUGAACUGGCAACGGCUCUGGAUCUUCCUGAAGGGCUCAUAAAUUUAGGGAACACAUGUUAUAUGAAUGCAACAGUACAAUGUCUUAAAACUGUACCAGAGUUAAGAAAUGCAUUGCUCGAUUAUGAUCCUACAUCUGGGGGUGGCACAGCUGGUGGUCUAACUGCAGCCCUAAGUGACACAAUGAAAAAUCUUGAAAGUGGGGGUCCCGGGGCCUGCGCAGCAUCUGUAUCAAGACUGCUCCUGGCUCUUCAUGCUGCUGCCCCAAGGCUCGCUGAACGGGGAGCUGGAGGAGUAUUAGCUCAGCAAGAUGCAUCUGAAUGUUGGACAGAGAUUGUUAGGGCACUGCGGGCAAGGCUACCUAUGCCAGGAUCAGACAGUAAAUCAGUGAUUGAAAAAUAUUUUGGUGGUACUCUGGAUGUGGAGUGGGUGUGUAGUGAAGCUGAAGAGCCGUCAACCAAGUCGGAAGAGUCUUUUCUUCAGCUAUCGUGUUUUAUCUCACAAGAUGUCAAAUAUUUACAGUCUGGCCUUAGAUCUAAAAUGGUUGAACAGAUUACAAAAAUGUCAGAGUCAUUGGGAAGAGAUGCUGUUUAUACUAAAACAAGCAAAAUUAGCCGUUUGCCUGCUUACUUAACUGUUCAAUUUGUCCGAUUCUAUUUCAAAGAAAAGGAAGCUAUUAACGCUAAGAUAUUGAAAGAUGUGAAAUUUCCACUCGACCUUGAUGUGUAUGAAUUGUGUUCACCCGAACUACAGGAGAGGUUGACGCCUAUGAGGAACAAAUUCAAGGAAUUGGAUGAUGCAGCUGUACAACAAUCGCUCCCCGCUCGUAAAAAGAACCAAGGGGACAACAAGGAUCUAAGAAAAAAGAAACUGUUGCCGUACUGGUUUGAAAAUGACAUAGGCAGCAACAACAGCGGCUUCUACCGCUUGCAGGCCGUGCUGACCCACCGCGGUCGCUCCUCUUCGUCGGGACACUACGUGGCCUGGGUGGCACGAGGGGACUCCUGGCUGCGCUGCGACGACGAUACCGUCACGCCCGUCUCGGAGGAGGAGGUGCUCAAGCUGAGUGGAGGAGGUGACUGGCACUGUGCAUAUCUGCUUCUAUACGGACCUCGAGUGCUGGAAAUACCGGAAGAAGACGAAGAGCCCAUGGUCACAGAAGUCACAGAUGAUAUGGCCGGGAACCCUCCCACGGCACUCGCGUAA